AUGGGUGAUAAGGAUGAUUAUUUGACUGCGUAUCGAGUUUUUUUUGAAAAAUUCGCUGCUACCGUAGAUCCUAAGGACCAAUUACCUGUUAAUAUUGCUGGCUACACAAUUACACAGUCAGAGUUGCCGGGAGAAGUUUUAUAUUGGACUGCCGAAUAUUUGUCGGAAAUAAAUUGCCCACCCACAUUGAUGACAACGCUUCGGCGAAUAGUACUUGACGAGGUGUUAAUAGCAGCGAAGAAAAAUCCCGAUGAAUACGGUUAUGAUACAGACAAAUGCGAAUACGAAGCCCUGCGUCUGAUGCAGGCUGUUACGUCGAAGGUCAACGAUGUGUGUCUCAGGUACUUGGACAACUCCAAGUUGGAUACAUUACCUCCACCGCCUCCAAUGUCACAGAGAGGUCACCGCAGCGCCUCAUCAGCUGUGAAGAACUUGAGGAGAGUAAUGGAAGAUAGGCACGUUGAGAUCAGCAAUCUGGAGGCCUUGUUCGGAAUAGAGACCACAGAGCCGACUGGUUUCUACGCGGUGUACGACGGCCACGCAGGUUCAGCCGCGGCCACGUACUGCGCCGCACACCUUCACCAAUACCUGGUGGAAAGCCCGUACUUCAGGAGGGAUCUACAACAAGCACUACACGACGCCUUCAUCAGAACCGACGCUGAGUUUGUGAGGAAAAGCCAUCAAAAGCGUGCGGCGGGCGGUAGUACGGCGGUGGUGGUGUGCGUGCGCGGCGGCCGGCUGGCGGCGGCCUGGGCCGGGGACUCGCUGGCGUUACUCGUCAAGAGAAUGGGACUCAUGCAGCUCGUCAACCCACACAAGCCGGACAGACCUGAUGAAACGAUCCGUAUCCAGUCGUCUGGUGGUAUCGUGAUGUACAUGGGUACGUGGCGGGUCAAUGGACAGCUAGCUGUUUCCAGGGCUAUUGGUGAGUACACUAUCAUAUAG